GCCAUAGGGAAAGCUUCGGCGACAGUAGAGAGCAGCCCUUUGGGUGAGCUUAUCUAAAGCGAAAACCAUUUAUCAGAAAUGACGAGGGGAAACCAGCGCGAACUGGCCCGACAGAAGAAUGCGAAGAAGCAGAAUGACAGCGGCAAGGGCAAGCGCAAUGAUGACGGCCUUUCGGCUGCGGCGAGGAAACAGAGGGAUGCCGAAAUAAUGCAGCAAAAGCAGAAGAAGGCCAAUGAGAAAAAAGAGCCGGGUUCUAAAUAAUGUCGGAUAUGGACCCCCCUCACACCAAGAUCACCUAAGGUUAAUAUUGCCCUGUGUGACGAAUUUGGGUACUCUUGUGUGUUGAGGCUCCGGAAAGCAGACCAUUGUUGUAUCUUAAUAACUGUGAUGGGUGCUCUUAUUUUAUUUUAUUUAAAAAAUCAAUGUACCAUCUUUUGAAGCAGACUCUGGUUGAAUGAGGAUUUGGCCGUUUGAUCACCACAGUGCACAGGUCUCCAUUUUCUUGAUCAGUAUUUACAAUGUAAACAAAAGCUGCAAGAAUGAACAGACCCAUAGUUUGGAAGCAACCCAAUCCCAUAUUUUUGUAACCUCUUC